AUGGAGGGUUUCAGAUCCAAGUCUUGCAGAGAUGGGAGGAUGCAGAUAGAGGAAUACUAUGGAGACAAAGCAGGACCAAAAGGGAUGCAAAAUUUAAGAUCUUACAGUGUGAAUUAUGCACAGCCAAAUCAAUUUGGGAAGGAAGUGAAGAUCAAGAAAGGGAAAAAUAAUGUUGGGUCAUCUUCAAAAAGCUGGAUUUUAAAUGAUCCUGAGCUGCAAAGGAAAAAAAGAGUUGCAAGCUACAAGGUUUAUGCCAUGGAAGGCAAGAUGAAAGGAUCCUUUAGAAAGAGCUUUAGGUGGAUCAAGGACACUUACACCCAGAUGCUCUAUGGAUGGAGGUGA